AUGUUCUCACCUGCAGACUUGCUCAGGGCUCCUGUCCUUUCCAUGGGGUCUGAGAGUAGGGCCAGGGACUCAUUCUGUGGCCCAGAGCUAAGCCACGGGGAAGAUAGCAAUGGCCACACACAGGCACAGGAUAGACCCCACUGUCCAUGUAACCAUGUCCUGGGCCAGGACUGCCUAGAUGGGCAGAUCUUAGGCCAGUUGCGUCCCCUGUCAGAAGAGGAAGAAUCCUCUGGGGCUACCUUCCCUGGGGAACCUGCCUUCCCCGAGAUGGAUUCAGAGGAUCUCCGUCUAGCCUCUUUCUACGACUGGCCAUCUACUGCAGGUAUUCAGCCUGAGCCAUUGGCUGCUGCUGGGUUUUUCCACACAGGCCAGCAGGACAAGGUGAGAUGUUUCUUCUGCUAUGGGGGUCUACAGAGUUGGGAGCGUGGGGAUGACCCCUGGACAGAGCAUGCACGAUGGUUCCCCAGGUGUCAGUUCCUGCUACGGUCAAAAGGAAGGGACUUUGUGGAAAGAAUCCAGGCAUACAGCCCCUUGCUGGGAUCCUGGGAACAUCAGGAAGAAGCAGAAGAUACAGUCUCUGCCACUCCCUCAGCUCCUGCCCAUGGAAGUCCUGAGUUACUCAGAUCCAGAAGAGAGACCCAGCCUGAAGAUGUCAGUGAGCCAGGAGCUGAGGAUGUGCAGGAACAGCUGCGACGACUGCAGGAAGAGAGGAGAUGCAAGGUGUGCUUGGAUCGAGCCGUCUCCAUAGUCUUCGUGCCCUGUGGCCACUUUGUCUGUACUGAGUGUGCCCCCAACCUGCAGCUGUGCCCUAUCUGCAGAGUGCCUAUCUGUAGCUGCGUACGCACAUUCCUGUCCUAA